AUGUCAGCACCAUACUACACCCCCCAACGCCCCUACUUUUCCCCCUCAAACCACCCCUCCGCAUCCUCCUCCACCUCCACAACACGCGCCGGCGGCAGCGGCGCAUCGGGGGCAACAGGAGCACCCUCCUUCACACCCGCCAUGCGCGACCGCCAAGCGCGCGGGAAAGACCCCUACUCGCCGCACGACAGCCCCUCGGACUCGGAUCUCGAGUUUGAAGGCGGGGCCGGGGGUUCGCCUUCGAGGGGCGGCGGCGGGGUGGGUAGGUUGGGACACCUCGGUCCCGGGGCGGGACAUCACGGCGGCGGUGGCGGUGGGAUGUUAGCCGGGGGAGGAGGGGGAGGUGUGGGCGAUGGUGAUUCGCAUGAGGUCAGGAGAAGGAAGCUUUGGGCUGUCGCUGUGCUUGAGGAUCCGGAGAAGUUGGCCAUGUAUGCGUGUAGUCGCGGAGACAGCAUACCCGGCACCCGCCUCCACUUCACCCGCAUGCUCUGCGGUUUUGACGAGGAGCCGAUGCACCGGCAGCAGUCGGACCACCGCAAGGCGUCGGCGUCGUCGUCUUCGGCGCGGCGGGAUCCGAGGCGGCGGAGCGCUGGAGGGGACCGGAUGGGUCGUCAUUGA